CUUUAAUCCUGCAGUCUCAGUCCGGCGGAUAUAGCCGAUUAUGCCUAAUAUUUCUUUACCUUCCUCUUCUCAGCAGCUCAUCCCGAUCGCGACCGUUGGCAGUCUCUCAAAGAGAGGUUCGAGCAAACUGAGCUUCUUCCAUCCUUGUCUAGCAGGAACGCCAGCCUUUUGCCCACUGGAUAGAGUAUUGGCGAUGCUAAGUGUCCAUUCUCCUUGGCAGAAUCGUUCUCCCAGAGUCUUUUGAGCUCAUCAAGCUCGUCGGGGAGAGAGGCAGCGAACUUGAUUUGAAUAGGGACUAAUGAGUCGCGCAGCACUCUAGGAUGUUCAGUGCUAGCCAUCUCAAUAAUCUCCCUAACAAUUUCUCUCUUGACUCGCUUUUCAUCGACAAUGGACAAUAGAGCCCGAAACAGUUGGGAGAAUGCAAUGACACUUCCCCAAGGACUUUUCCGUCGAUAUAUAGAUAUCAUGAUGUCGUUCGUUCGCUUUGAAAACAUUAUACAUGAGUGUACAUGUUCGGAUUGCUGAAAACAAGGUUGAGUAGUCCAUCUGUUCAAGGACUUCCCAGAGAAUCUCAACUGGCAGAGCAACUAGCCUAGUUGUUGGCGAUGACAUGGCGAAGGGAGUUUGUGAAGGGACGGCUGAAAGGAUAUCGUGUCGGCAUAUGCGGAGGAGUUAUCAAGAAAGCUAAAGAGCGUAGACUGAUGAGUGGGGGGUUGGUAGAAUAGGGACGAAGGCUGUACUUAUACUGGAAAGCAAGGGAUGAGGGGCUGCACACUAAGCCUGAAUAAGGAACCAGAUGCCUAUGUGAUCAUUGUGGAGGAAACCUCCCCCCUCCCUCCCCCCCACCUUCAACUCGUGCGCGCCGUUCGAUGUGACGUAGAGCGGCCACAGCGAAUGAUGGAAUCUCUACAGCAGAGGGUGAGACAGCCCGCUUCAAAGCCGCAUGGAUAAAAGCUGUUUGUUGGCUCGGAGUGCUUCCAGACACUUGGAAUCGGAGGAGUCAUAUGACAGCACAUCAUGGCUCUCCACAGCAAGAGAGCAAAGCUGGCAAAUUGCCGCACAGUCAGCCCAGGGCAGCUACCACAACCAAACGAUCGUAUUUCCCACACUGCGAGUGAGACGACCGUUGCUUCAGGCAUGCACGAUACAGUCACCGUCUUGCGAGCGAUCAAUUUCCAAGAAUGCACCCGAGAAAUAUGUCCAACCAGAGAGCACGAGGGCAUGGAGUCGCUCGAUUCACUCAGCCGUAGAUGCGGCACAGCUGCGGCACAGCAAGGCCAUGAUGGUAGAGGGGAAAUGAGAUGUAGACGGAAGAGAUCAGGAACGCAAACCAAGGGGCGAGGGAUUGGAUCUUUAUGUCAACCAAGCGGCGCGAGGCGCUUUACCCGAAUAGGCACGCUAUACCACAAUAGGAAAUUAGGUGUACCUACGGAGUUAUGCGAGGAUGGAGAUUAG